CAUAUUUGCCCUGCGAGUAGGGUGAUAUAAAAGGCUGACAUUCUUUUAAGUAAAUAUGCCAAUUACAGUUUGUUCAACGCAGUGAAACGUCUUUCUAUAAAACACACAUUGAUCGAACACGAUAUUCAACAUGAAUUUCAACGACGCGCUAGGCGUAGACGCAAACGGGAAUGAGACACGGAACAGCGCUACAUUGAGUUUCAAACCGGAGCAAAUCGCAUGUCUGUGCGACGCACUAAGGCAGUCUGGAAAUAUGGAUCAAUUGAGCAGGUUUCUCUGGUCUCUACCACCGCAUGAUUUGCUCAGUGGCAGCGAGAGUGUUUUAAAAGCUCGCGCGGUUGUGGCAUUCCAUCAAGGAAACUUUCGGGAACUGUACGCGAUACUGGAAAGCCACAAUUACGAGUCCGCUUCACACGAGACGCUGCAGAAGCUAUGGUAUAUGGCGCACUACAGCGAGGCCGCGAAGCUGCGAGGCCGUGCACUCGGCGCCGUUGAUAAAUACAGAAUCAGACGAAAGUAUCCGUUGCCUCGCACGAUCUGGGACGGCGAUCAGACCGUGUAUUGCUUCAAGGAGAAGUCUCGCGAUACGUUGAGAAGAUCCUACCAAAACAACCGCUAUCCCACACCGCAAGAGAAACGUGAAUUGGCCAAAGCGACUGGACUUAGCCUUACACAAGUCAGCAACUGGUUUAAAAAUCGUCGUCAGCGAGAUCGUGGCAGCGAAAAUGGAAAAAGGAAAGGAGACAUGAAUAACAAUGAUUUGGAUGACUUUACAAAUGAUCAAGAUCUAAUCAAGAAAGAAGACAAAGAAAGUAUCGAUAAACAUGCUUGUGGUGCACUUGUUGAGACUACCACGCUAUUGGGGGAAGGCUUUGUUGAUGAGACACUUUACGCAGACGCUAUCUCCGCGGAAGAAUUGGCACGAAAUCUGACAACGAUGAAGAAAGAGGUGGAAAUGGCUAAUUCUGAAACAAGGUGAUAUUAAAAAUAGAUUGGAUAUCUACGGUUGUCCAUGACUUGCGAUGACAUUUUCAUAAAUGCAUACCAAAUAUGUCAGUAUGAUGUUUUCAAGUGGACAAACAACAAAAGUAUAUAUAAAAUAUAAAAGCACCAAGUCUAUCAUGAAAAUCUUGUAAAAUAUUUUCAGUUUUAUACCAUUGUGAUUUUAAUAGGUACAUUAUGGCUAAACAAAAAUACUCAGAGAACAUAUUUGGCAUAGUUUACCAGCUUAGAUUUCAUGUAAAAACAUUAUUUUUGAAAUAUUGUAUAA